AUGGGUCACCCUAGCAGAGCUCUAAACCUCCCGGCGGUUUCAGUGAACAAGGACCUGCCGGAAAAUGUUCCAUCUUUGCAGGAAGGGGCAAAAGGAUCCGCUCAGGGGUCUAGCGAAAAAGUCGUUUCGCAAGCGAAAUACGCCUUGAUCCAGAAUAUCUCGAGUACAAGCACGUCGACCCACAAAAUCGAUAAAUACAUAAUUGAGUACUGGAAAUCGCUCCUCUCGCCCGAUCUUAAAAUCACGGCACAUGAUAUUCUAGAAUUUUAUCAAACUAUUCCUCUGAAGCGACAUUAUGACUUGUUUAUCUCAGUUUUGGUCACGGGAGCCCGGAAGAAUGGUUAUAGUGCGGCUAACAGAACCGUGUCACGAGAUUUGAUAGAUAUUUGCUCAUAUUACAAUUUUCGACAAUAUCGAAAAGAUAUGGCAAACUUUCUGCGGGGUAUAAACGGUUCCGAAAUUAAGUCUCCCGAGGAUUUAGAAGAUCUGAUUCGGUCAGAAGCCUGUGUCGCCAUGUACGUGAUACUUACUAUGUCUAGCAGACAACUCAACAUCCCAUCUACAAAUGAGGAUAUUGUCCUCACCAUGGGCAGUAUCAAAUGUAUUAAAAAAAUAGACGAUAAAGGGUUUAUGAGCCCUGAAGAGCGGACAGCGUACGCUGGGGCAAAUGGGGUUCUUAAUUAUUUCGUUCAACGGAGCUACAAGGCCCAUGGAAGUCCAAGAGAAUUUACAUCAACACCUCCCCUCUGCGAAGAGGAAACAGCAGAAUCUAUACUGUUAAUGUGGGAGCAGGCAUUUUACGAGCUCAGCAAGGCGAAAAACAAGUACAGGUGGAGGAAUAGCGAAAAAGAGGUUGGCGAACGUCAAGUGCCGGACCCAAAUAACCCUCAAAACUCUCGUAACAAAAAGGGAAUGGUUGCUGUCAAUCAUGAGGAUGAAUUACGAGAGAUACAGGAAUUGGAAAACAAGUUGAAAGAUUGGGAAGUUGCUUACAUAUCGAAAAAGGAGAAUUGGCAACCCACACAACUUGCCGAAACGACACAACAUAGACAAUCACCCAAACCGGCCACAAUUCCUCCGAAGUCCAGGCCUUCAAAAAAUCGGCAAGAGAAGAGCCAAUACAGCGUAGAAGUCAAAGGGGGGAUCCAGGUGCUCGACUAUGCAGCUGAUACAACAGUUUACGAUCGUAUAGAAGCCUAUAUGAAGCCCACCGGGUGGUAUAGUUCGGGUUAUACAGUAAUCGUUGCCUCUGGUCCCCCAUCUUGUUGUAUACACCGGGUAGAAAGGCGUCGUAAUGUUGACGAAACAAACAGCGAAAGUCUCGAACUUAAACCGGAGCAGAGAAGAGCCCUUACACACGGGAGAGACCCUGCCUGGGGACAAUAUAUAUCAAGCGUCGCAUUCGUUGAUAAGCAAGGAGACGGCCUUGAGUCGAUAGAUCCGGAUCACAAGCCCCUAAGAUAUCCUGUUACCUAUGUGAAGAUAGGCUGGUAUCAGAAGGCGGAUAAGGAAAAGCGGUUGCAAGAAGUAUCUUGGGAGACUCGAACCGAUGUACGACGAAUGAUCAUGACGGGGGGCCAGGAGCAGCAAGCUAAAGAUAUUCUCGGGUCGAAAUUUGGAGGUAUGAAAAGCACAGAAAAAUGGGACUAUGUCAUCCACAACAGCGCAAAGAUCUUGGAGGAAAGUUACAUGUCGGGGUCCAAGACGACAAACGAGAGCGAUGAUGACGUCAUGCAUGACGUAAAUAGUCAGGACAGUUUCGCGGAAGAUACCGAAUCGGACCUCGACGACGAUAGUGAUCGUGAAAUGGAAAGUAUCAGCAGUGGCAAAGAAAACGCUCAAGCGAACUACCAGCAGAGUAAUAGUAAUAACAAAGCUGGCGAGAUGGGAAGCGGAAUGGAAGUAGAAUACAGACGGGAUAGCCGAGCGGUAGAGUAUCCAGACCUUUCGCACCUUCAUAAGCGAGCAAAGCUAGGUUUUGAGAUCACAAAACCCAGCCGAAAGCUCCUUGGCAAAAGGCCUACUGCGGAAAGUGAUCAUGAAGACUUUUAA